AUGCGUCUGUUACCUCGCCGCCGCAUGUCCCCAGUGAAAUUGGCUCUCCUCGGGGGCGCAAUUUUCAUAGCGGCCUUAGUGGUUCUCCACAGGGACCCCAUCGCCUCGUUCCAGGCGGAGAGGAAGGACAAGGUCAUGAUCCUGGUCAGAGAAGCCAUCAAAAACAUUGGCUUCCAGAUGCCCGCUCUGAGAGAGACGGAGACGACCAAGAAGAUCACUUGCCUCGGGGGGUUCUACAGCAAGGCUGAGCUGAAGCCUCACCUGGAAAGACCACCUCAGGACCCCAAUGUGCCCGGUGCCAACGGGGACGGCUAUGUGGAAGAUAAUCUGUCUCCCGAGGAGACCAAGGAGAAGGAGGCGGGCAUGACCAAGCAUUGCUUCAAUCAGUUUGCCAGCGACCGCAUUUCGCUCAGCCGGAGCCUUGGCAAAGACACCCGGCCUCCAGAGUGCGUGGCCCAGAGGUUUGUCCGCUGUCCUCCGUUGCCCGACACCAGCGUGAUCAUCGUGUUCCACAACGAGGCCUGGUCAACACUGAUCCGGACGGUGUACAGCGUCAUGCACACAUCGCCCGCUUUCUUGCUCAAAGAGAUCAUCCUGGUGGAUGACGCCAGCACUGAAGAGUAUCUGCAGAGCCAACUGGAGGAGUUUGUGGACCAUCUGAAGAUCAUCCGUGUGCUGAGGCAGCAGGAGAGGAAGGGGCUGGUGGCAGCCCGCUUGUUGGGCGCCAGCGUCGCUCAAGGCCAAGUGCUCACCUUCCUCGACGCGCACUGCGAGUGUUUCCACGGUUGGCUAGAGCCGCUGAUGAGCCGCAUUGCGGAAGAACCGACUGCGGUGGUCAGCCCACGGAUCGCCUCCAUCGACCUCAACACGUUCAAAUUCCAAAAGCCCACGCCUCAGCGGCUUUACUCCAGCCGAGGCUCCUUCGACUGGGCCUUGACGUUCAUCUGGGAGUCCCUCCCCAAUGAUAUCUACAAACGGCGCGAGAAAGAAACCGAACCUAUCAAAACACCCACUUUUGCCGGAGGUCUGUUUUCCAUGUCAAAGAGCUACUUUGAACACAUGGGGACAUACGAUGACCAGAUGGAGAUUUGGGGUGGCGAGAAUUUGGAGAUGUCCUUCCGGGUGUGGCAGUGCGGCGGUCAGAUGGAGAUCAUUCCUUGUUCGGUGGUGGGCCACGUCUUCCGCACCAAGAGUCCGCACAGCUUCCCCAAAGGCACCCAGGUCAUCUCUCGCAACCAAGUGCGCCUAGCCGAGGUCUGGAUGGACGACUACAAAGUGCUGUUCUAUCGCCGCAACAACAGGGCCAGCGACAUGGCUCGUGAGCACUCCUAUGGAGACAUCGCCAGUCGUCUGAAACUGAGAGAGAACUUAAACUGCAAGAACUUUUCUUGGUACCUAAACACGGUCUACCCAGAGAUGUUCAUUCCUGACAUAACACCAGAAAAAUACGGAGCAAUAAGGAAUGCCGGAUCUCAAACGUGCCUGGACGCUGGUGAAAAGAACAAAGGAGGGAAACCUGUUAUCAUGUACAAUUGUCACAACCAGGGUGGCAACCAGUACUUUGAGUAUACAUCCAGCAAGGAGUUGCGUCAUAACAUCGUCAAGGAGCUUUGUCUGGAGGCGACGGGUCAUCCCGAGCCUGUGAAGCUCGAGCCGUGCAAGCGGAACGGGUCAGGCUCCAAGAUGUCGCCGCAGCAGGAGUGGGUUUUCACGAAGGAGAAGCUCCUGAAGAAUCCCAUCAGUGGGAAGUGCUUGCAGCUGAAAGACAACGUCAUUCUGAUGGAUAAGUGCAACGCUUCGGAUGCCUACCAGCAUUGGAGCUUCAGCUAACGUCCUGUGAGCCCAUUUAGGGCAUUUCGCCAGCCAG